AUGACUUCCCUCAAACAACUUCUCACACAAGAAGGCUUCAGCAAAACAAACAAACUUUCAAUGGAAACAAAAGACUCAUUUCAACCAAACACUCAAAGAGUUUGCCCCCCCUCGGAAAUAUCGAAUUCGACGUCGUCGGUUUCACCGGAUUCAACAAGAGAAGGACCGCCUAUGGAUGAAGUUGCAAUCAGAGCUGUGAUUAGUAUACUCAGUGACUAUGUUGGAAGAUAUAUAAACGAUAGUUUUUUCAGAAAAACAGUCUUUGAAAAGUGCAAUUAUUAUUUGGUCAGAAGAAAAAACAGUGCGGAAUCAGAAUCAGAUACUGAGAAUGAGAUUCUUGGUAACAUGAAACUUUGUUUGGAGAAUGUUGACAAGUUAGUACAAGAUCAAGGGUCAACAAAGAAAGAGCUAAAGAUGAGUUUUUUGAGGAAUUCAAUUGAGCUUUUAACCAUAAUUGCUUCAUUGAAUUCCAAUAGUUUACGUGGCGGAACAACAUGUGGACUACCAAAUUCUCAUCUCUCUGCUUGUGGUCAACUCUACAUGGCAAUACUUUACAAGCUUCAGAAAAACAAUAGGGUUUGUGCUAGACAUUUAAUGCAAGUGUUUUGUGAUGCUCCAUUUUUUGCUAGAACCUACUUGGUUCCUGAAUUUUGGCAGCAUUUGUUUCUUCCUCAUCUUGUACAUGUUAAAAUUUGGUAUAUAGAGGAGGUUGAAACAAUUUCGGAUUCAAAUGAAGGUGAUGGUGAAAAGGAAAAGAAAAUGGAGGGUUUGAGGAGAGUGUACAAUAAUAAGGUGGACAUAGGAACUAUCAUGUUUGCUUUGUAUUAUAAGCAGUGGCUUCAAGUUGGGACUAGUGAACCUUCUUUUCCUGUUGUCCCUUUACCAACAAGAUCUUAA